AAAAAAUCAGCGAAGAACCAAACCAUGGAGAUCGGAGAAGAGAUAGAGACAGCGAAAAAGAGAUGCGAAUCAGUCAUAAACACAAUCAAAAACCUUCCUUCCUCAACCUCAACUUCCAUCACCACACUCCUCAAACUCGCAUCCUCCGAGCUCUCCUUCCUCUCCUCCCUCUCCUCUCCUCCACACCCUCCUCUCAGCGUCAACAUCGGCCACAUCGAAUCCGUCCUAUGGAUCCUACGCCACCCUUCCAUAACCGCCGUUUCCCGCGUCUGCAAACCUCUCCCUCUUUUAAACAACAGCGUCCACGUGGAUCUCGUGUGUACCCUCGGAAAGUCUCCGGUCUGGAUCAUCGUCUCCGAUAGAAACCCUAAUUACAUCACCUGGAGUGAAAGUGAAACCAAGGGUUUGAAAUCUAGAAUUGAGACGAUUCUCUCCGCUGCUCACUCCACUACGACGUUGAAACCUUCUUCGUUGAUUCUCUUCUUCGCUAAUGGUUUGCCUUUAUCGGUUCACGAGAGGUUGAGAGAUGAGUUUGGAGGUAAAGAUUUCGACUUUGGGUCGGGUUUGGAUUUUUACUACGAGGAGACAUUAGAUGGAGGAGAUUGGGUUAAUGUUGUUCCGACAAGGUCGUUUAAAGACUCUGUUUCUGUCGAGAUUAAGCUCGUUGAUGGAUCACGUGACGAGUCACGUGCGUUUGAUGAGGAAGUUGUGGUAGUUGAAGGAGAGAUGAGUUUGAAAGAUGGUUUUUCGUGUGUACUCUCGUCAAUGAGAUUGAAAGGUGGAGACUUUCUUGUGAAUUUUGACACGACGGCUCUUGUGGCUCUUGUUUCUGGGAUUGCUAAUGGAUGUGCGGAGAGGAUCUUGGAGGUGGAUGAGAGUGUGUUGGAGGAGAAGUUUAAAGGGAAUACUGUUUUCGUGAUUGCUCAGGCGAGAUCUGAAGUUGAGAAGUCAGUGCUUGUGAGGAUGAGAGAUGUGUUGUCAGGGAAGAGAGGGGUUGUGUGUGAGAGUGUCGUUUCGGAGUUUAAGGAGUUAGUAUCUAUGUAUGGUGGACCCAAUGAGAAGCACAGAGCUGAGCAGUUGUUGAAGAGUUUAAUGGUGGUGGAUGAUAAUCCCACGGAGCGUGUGAUGGGGCUUCCAACAACGAGGAAGUUAGCAAUGAAGAACAAGAUUGUGUUUGGGACAGGUGAUAGAUGGGGAGCUCCUACGUUGACUGCAAACAUGGGGUUUGUCAGAGCCGUGGCUCAGUCAGGGAUGUCUCUCUCUACUAUUGAACAUAGCCCUCGUGCUCUCACUGGUGAUUAGCCAAAUGUUCAACUUCUACUUAUUCUGUAAUUACUUUAGUUCAAAAGACCAGACCUUAUGUUAGGGGAAACCAAUAAAACAGAACCUAGCCUUUUUACUUCUAUCUGGUGUAGUUCUGGACCAGCAAAGAGACCUUAUCAAGGCAGUUGCCCAAUGGUUAUGUUGGUUUCGUUGGUAAUGAUCUCACUGCGGAUAACACGUUCCGAAGAUAUUGUACUAACUAUUGCCUACAUGGAGCUGAAUGUUUGUAUGAUCUUCAGUGUUGUUUCAACAGUUCUGGUUUAACGGUUGGUUUUGAGUCUUUGUCAGUGUUUGGUGGAGUACAG